AUGGGUUCCCCAGGUUUUGGUGGCAACACCAACACAUCCGGCUCUCUUUUCGGCAAUAAGCCUGCCACGAAUCCUUUCGGCUCGACAACUACAAACACAGGAGGUGGACUAUUUGGCAGCUCAAACACAAACACUGGAUUCGGUUCAGGAGGUGGUUUUGGAAGUACCAACAAUAAUGCCUUUGGCAGUAAUACCGGCAGCUCUGGGUUCAGCUUUGGAGGCGCGUCUAAACCUGCAUUUGGUUCCAGCACCAACUCUACUCCCUUGUUCGGCCAGGGCGGGGCAGGAACAACUAGCGGAUUUGGAUCAACUUCAAGUCCAUUCGGUGCUGCAGGCAGCGGAACUGCUCUGAGCAACCAGCCUGUUCCGCCGUCAGAAGGCACCGCUUCCACGCAAUAUGCGCCCACUCUCGAAAAGGAAGCUGCCGGCUUAUCCAGCAAUUACCAGAGCAUCAACUUUAUGCCACCCUACCAAAAGUAUUCGUUUGAAGAGCUGCGAUUAGCUGAUUACAACGCGGGUCGAAGAUAUGGCAACAACACCGGCCAGGCAGGUGCGUUUGGCCAGAGCACUUUUGGAGGAAGCUUUGGAUCAAACAACACAGGUUUUGGCGCCAACACAAAUUCCAAUCCAUUCGGAUCUACAACUACCACAUCGUCAUCCGGCUUCGGAUCCAAUACCACCACAGCCGGCGGUUUUGGCGGUGGUGGCCUGUUCGGAAACAAGCCUGCGGGUGGAAGUCUAUUCGGCCAGCAGUCCUCUGCGGCCCCUUCUGGUGGUCUUUUUGGAACCUCCAACACCGCAUCAAACGCAUUUGGUGGUGGAAGUACGGGUUUCGGGUCGGGAGGCGGCGCCUUUGGCCAGAACCAAACCCAGAGCAAGCCAGGCUUGUUCGGCAACACCUCCAGUGCUCCCUCGUCAUUCUCGUUCGGCAAUACCAAUACUGCCAAUACGAACACAGGAGGCACGUUGUUUGGCAAUAACACCAAUACCACAAACACCGGUGCGUUCGGUUCGAAUCAGCAACAGUCUGGAGGAUUAUUCGGAAACAGCACCAACCAGCAGCAAAAGCCUGGACUUUUUGGCAAUGCAGGAGGAUUUGGAGCAUCAACAAAUCAGAACCAACAGCCAGGAGGUUUGUUCGGUAACGCCAACACAUCCACCGGUGGUGGUCUUUUCGGAAACAACGCCAACACCAACACCAACACUGGUGCCAGCGGUGGUUUGUUUGGUACUAACAACAGCACCUCGGGUAAUUCCAUGUUCGGAAACAAUGCCAACAAUCAGCAGAAACCUGGUGGUAUCUUUGGCGGGAGCACAUUCGGCAACCCUGGCACCAACACUGGUGGAGGCCUUUUUGGGAAUACCAACAACCAACAGCAAUCUGGAGGCUUGUUCGGAAACGCAAAUACGAACACCGGCUCAGGGUUUUCCUUUGGAAACACUGCCAACAAACCUGCAACCGGUUCUCUCUUCAACACCAACAACAAUCAGGGAGGCGGUUUCGGUGGCUCAACUGGUGGUUUUGGAGGUGUGUUUGGCAACUCACAGAAUAACCAGCAAAAUCAGCAGCAACCGGACUUCAAGGUUUCGUCCCUCAACGACCCCAAUCCGUACGGCCAGACCUCUAUCUGGACCGGACUGCCAGUGCCAACACCAGAUAAUUCAAAGCCACUUUUCACUCCAUUGUCUGCCACCCAGAAGCUGAAGGAGAGCCAAUCAAAGCCUCCGCCGAGUCUCAGACUCAACCAGUCUCGCUACAUGACACCACCGCGGCGGUCUGGCUUUGGAUUCUCUUAUUCAACGUACGGCACACCAAACAGUGCAGCUGGCACACCUGGCGGAAGUGGCUUGAGCAGCAGUAUGUACGGUAGCCGCAGUUUCAAUGGCGGCAGCUUUGGGCGCUCAUUUGGCAAAAGUGCGUCUGCCAGCAAUUUGAGGUCUCAGUUUGCUGGAGAUGGCGAAGGCGUUCUUAGCCCUAAUGCAUUCGCUUCCACCAAUACCAGAUGGUCAAGUGGCAAUAUGCGUCGGUUGACCAUUGAUCGAAGCAUCAGAAACGAUCUUUUCAGCCGGCCCUCCCUCCCCGCCUUUCCGACAAACGCUCUGAAUCAGUCAGUCAAUGGGAAUAAUGAGGCUUCUGUCGUCACAAAUGGCGAACCACCCUCAACCAGUGAGCCCGUGAACAAGUUGAAGAAGCGUGUGAGCUUUGACAAAGAUACCGCUGGUGGUUCAAAUGGGGUGUUGAAUGGCGAAUCCGGGGCAUUGGUGAGAACCGAGAGCGACCAAGAUGAGGUCGAUGGCACAACUGCUGGCAGAACUGUGAAUGGCACAGCUACACCCGAGGCCGAACCUGUCCGCGGCAAUGAACUUGCUGUUGUUCCAGAAGAUCGCGAAUCCGACGAUGUAAUCUCCCGGAAGACGCCCGUCCAAGCCAAGCCAGAUCCUCAGCCCGGUGACUACUGGAUGAAACCGACACGUGCUGAACUGAACAAGAUGCCUCGCGAGAAGCUAUCCCGAUUCGUUGGAUUUGAAGUUGGUCGAAAAGGUUGUGGAAAGGUUGUGUUCAACGGUCCGGUUGAUCUCACCAGCCUUCCCUUGGAUGAUCUCUACGAGAAGAUUGUGGAGAUCCGUUUGCGAUCAAUCACGGUCUAUCCCGAUGCAAGCUCCAAACCCCCGGUCGGCAAGGGUUUGAACGUACCGUCGACAAUUUCUAUCGAGAACUCCUGGCCCCGAUCCCGUGGUCAGCCCUCCUCCGCCACAAGUGGGCCUAUAUUUGAGAAGCAUGUCAAUCGCCUCAAAAAGAUGCACGGUACUGAAUUUGUGAAUUACGAAGUGACAACAGGCGUAUGGACAUUUCGGGUCCCCCACUACACCCGCUACGGUUUAGACUACGACGAUGACGACGAAAUGGGCCAGAGUAUGCUGUCUGCUCCGCCUGACUCACUGAACAGCUCUGCCUCCGUAGGGAAUUCGGGGAUGGACGUUGACAGCGAAACACAUGAUGACUACGAGACUGAUGGUGACGAUGAUACGUUUGCGUUCAAGCAAAAGACCCUGCCUGGUGGCUAUGGUCGGCAGUCUGUCGUCGAUUACGGUAAUGAUAUCCCCACGGCUCAGACUGUUCAAGAUGGUGCAGGAGGUUCUCAAAUGGAACAAGACUAUUCCGACGAGGACGAUGACAAUGAAGUGAGCAUGGCAGGCUCAUAUCCACCACCUACUGCUAGCCCUAGCAAACCGAUCCUCAAGCCUAGCAGUGCCGGCACGCCCAGAAAAGCCCUCAUUAACAUUGAUGGCGACUGGGCAGAGCAACUUCAACGCACCAUCAGCCCCCGCAAACAGAACCGCGAUGCUCUUCGACAAGUACAGAGCCAGGUCCUUUUGGACCGCACAUACGAACCAAUGCAACCGAGUCUUGACUUCAGCAAGAAUGUCAACAAGAACCAGUUCCGAACGAGCAUCGACAUUAUGAAUUCGCUUUUCAGCAGGCAUGAGGAAAGAAUGGCCGAAUUAAAGGGGAAGAAGGGGAAGCCGCAGGCUGGUCCGGAUUUUGAGUUUCCCUAUGCAAAGCGUGCAAAGACAUUUGAAGACCAAAUGCGAGAUGAUUCUGCCGAGCUAGGUGAAAACGAUAAGCUCUGGCACGCGAGUUUCAAGCCUCAUUUUACGUCUGUCAAUCAACUUGUCUACAAGUCGGUUCACGCUCCUGGCGAAAGUGAUUGGAUCACACAGGUACUGGCGCAUAGUGAAGCUACGGGUAGGGACGUUGUUAUGACUUCGCUGCAAUCAGUCAACAUUGACAACGUACGGAAAGUGAUCCUCGCCGACAAUGUCCCCUCAAUUAAACACGACGCUAUCACCUUUUCUCAGGUCAAAGACCACCUGCAACAACGCUACGCCGUCGAGGAACUCGACAUUUACGAAUUACUUCAUGUCCUUUUCGAUGACUACGAGGACGAGUUGACUCACGGACUGAAUCGCCAGCAGCAACGAGAGUUCCAGCUGCGUAUCCGCAGAGACCGCCUCUCAAAGUAUCUCUCGGAGCUAAUAUGGCGCCGCCACGGCGAGCGCAUCAAAGAGGCCUCCAAACUUAACGGUGCCACAGCAGCUGUCAUGCAACUUACGGCGAACAACAUUCAUGCUGCAUGUGACGCACUCAUGCAUGAAAAGGACUUUCACCUCGCAUUGUUGGUCGCACAGAUCGGUCAGGCUGAUUCAGCCUUCCAGGAAGACAUGGCCGAUCAGAUCUCCGCGUGGCGCGGCCAAGGGGUCAUUUCCGAAAUGAGCGAGGAGAUUCGUGCCCUGUAUGAGAUACUUUCGGGAAACACCACCAUCGUCCAAGGAAAGCAGAAUGUGCCUGUUGAAGAUCGUGCGUCGACGUUCGCCGUCUCGGAGAAAUUCGGACUGGAUUGGAUCCAGGCUUUUGCGUUGUGCCUCUGGUAUGGAAAGUACAAGAAUGGCGAGAUUCACGAAGUGGUGGCGGAUUUCCAGGAAAAAUUGCACUCAAGGCUUGAAUCGGCUACCCCAGUGCGUGGGAAACAUGAAGAAGAGGAUCCCCUGUGGGUGGUGUUGAAGAUCUUCGCGAGCAACACUGGGGUCAGCCAGGGAAGGGCCAGCAACAAGUCGACUGCUUCUGUCACCAACCAGGUCCAAAAACCUGUGCUCCCUCAAGCUCUCUCGGCGCUGUCGCACCCUUGGGACUCCUGGGCAACGUUCCGCCUUCACCAUGCCAUCGUUGCCACGAUACCAGGAGUUUCAGUCGAUCGGGACAAGUCUGACGAUUUAGCCAUGUCGCUUGCUUUCGAGCAUUCGGCACGCAGAAACACUUUGGGCGCGGUUUACGCACUUCUCCACCUUUCCGACCCGACACAGCGAGCAGCUCAGAUUCGCAAUCUCUUCAACCGUCAUGCCGCAACACUUCCGAGUGCGCCACACAGUGAUAGCGCCACAGGCAACCAAGUCUCUUCCUUGUGGACUGCUUUCACAGCCUCCCUCCAGAUCCCUGGACCAUGGAUCCACCAGUCGAAAGCCCUUUACGCACGCUCAUGCAAUAAUUCCCUUGCAGAGUUGAACUAUCUCCUUGCCGCAAAAGACUUCUCUAGCGCUCAUGACUGCUUGCUGCGUCGUGUAGCCUCACGGUUGGUCAUCGACGAAGACUGGGAGACUUUGCGUGAGGUAUUGGGAUGGUUCGGGGAUGAAGCAGAGCAAAAGGUCAACGCUGCAGUGGCGGGUGGUGGCACUGAGGGGUCAGGAGCGGAGUGGAAAAAUGGAGGACAGGUUUAUGCAGAUUUUGUGGAAUUGAUGUUCGUGGAGGCCAAGCGCAGAGCGAAGCAAGGGCUGCUUUCCAGGCUUCAGGGCUCGCUGACGUCCUUGAACGCACGAUCUCAAAGUACCGCAUCGGCUCCGAGAUUUGGCUUCUCGGAUUUGAACAAGGAUCGUGAGAAACUUGAGGAGAGGGUUGCGCUGUGCGAGAUGGGAAAAAUGCUCGCGAGGGUUUUGGAGUUGGAGAUUGAAGACGGCGUCGGUGAAAAGAGACAUAUCCUUGAUCUCCCCCUCAACGCGGAUGCAAGGCUGGCUCAUGCCCGAACUUUGGGCGUGGAGUAUUAUCGUGGCGUGAUGGCUAUGGCACGUUGA